AUGUCCCAGGUGAACGAUUUCAUCUUUGGCACUGAGGGCUACCAGAGUCUGCAGCAGCGGCCGUCGCUGCUCAGGACGCUGACCGGUUUACGAAAGUCGCCGAUGGACAACCCGUACGUGAGCGUCGACAGCCAGAAGGUGUUUGGGGCCUCGUUCUCUCAUCUGGACCUCGGUGCGCCUGAUGCCCUGAAGCGCACCGCGUCGCCGGACUCGCGGUCGGUCCAUUCGAACGGCUCGACCAAGUCUCCACGUCCGAGCCUGAACCUGUCCAAGGCUAGGAAAACGAGCGACUCGUCGAACAAGAUCGACGACGACGCCGAUUGGAACGACGACAUCGACGAUCUGGCCACUCCCUCGCCCCAGGACGCCAAACCGCAAUUUUACCCCGACAUCUCGGAUCUCAAGCUGCAGGACUCUCCGAGGGACAGCCCCACGGUGCCCACGGAGCCGCCGCUUGCGACACAGCAGCCGGCGCAGUUUCUGCGCCCAGACUACGAACGCAUCAUGAAAGACCCCUUCGUCAUACUCGAAAGGCCCGGCAGCCAGUCCAAAUACAGCAAAAUCGUCAAGGCCCUCAAAAACCAGCCGUUUGAUAUGGCCGAGCUCCGCAAGCAAACAUGGAGCGGCAUUCCCGCUACGCUGCGACCGCUCGUUUGGCCGGUGCUUCUUGGGUACCUCCCGGUCAACAGCGCCACCAGGGAGGCUGUACUGAGGCGGAAACGGAAAGAAUACACCAACAGCAUGACACAGCUCUUCCGAGUGGAAAAAGACCAGGCCGUGUGGCACCAGAUCUCCAUCGACAUCCCGCGGACGAAUCCCACCAUCAAACUGUACUCGUUCGAGUCCACACAGCGAUCACUAGAAAAAGUCCUGUAUCUAUGGGCGGUCAGACACCCUGCGAGCGGCUAUGUGCAGGGGAUCAACGAUCUGGCCACCCCGUUCUACCAGAUAUUUCUCUCUGCGUAUUUGUGCGACCACGUUGACAUGGAGGCGUUCAACACCAACCAGCUGCCGCAGGAGCUGAUCAACUGCAUUGAGGCAGACACUUACUGGUGUCUCACAAAGGUGCUGGACACUAUUCAGGACAAUUACAUCCACGAGCAGCCGGGGAUAAUCCGCCAAGUGUCCGAGCUGCGAGACCUCGUGAAACGAGACGAGCCGUACCUGGCUGAGCAUUUCGAGCGGGAAGGAAUCGACUUCAUCCAGUUCUCGUUCCGCUGGAUGAACUGCAUGCUGAUGCGCGAGCUCCGAAUGGACCUGAUCGUGCGAAUGUGGGACACAUAUCUAUCAUGCUAUCCGACAGGCUUCAACCAGUUCCAUGUCUACGUUUGCUGCGCUUUUCUGCGGCGUUUCAGCGAGCAGCUACUGGAAAUGGACUUCCAGGAUAUCAUCAUGUUUCUCCAGGACACGUCCAAAACCGACGACUGGACGGAGGCGGACGUCGAGAUGAUGCUCAGCGAAGCGUUUGUGUGGCAGUCGCUCUACGAGAACGCCACUGCUCAUUUCAGAACGUAA